UCCACCUCCAAGGGUCGGUUUCUGCCUGCAGAUCCAACAUGGAGUAGCGGGAGAUGGGGCUCGUACGGGGCCAUCCUCACCGACCUCACCGAACAGUUUCAAAUCACCGCCAUCGACGCAGACCCCCGGGGGUAAAGCAUCCGACGCGUUUCACGGGGAUCAUCACGCCGCAGCCGCUUCGAUCACCGCGGGGAGGAAGGAGCGGUGAAGCGUCGGGGAGAUAAGGACGACAACACCAGACACACUACAGCCAGGGGGAACUCGGUUGCUGCUACUGUGCUGCUCAAGGACAAGGGCAGGAAGACAUGGCACUAUGGAUGAGCCUUGGGAUCUGUUCGUAGGGGAGAAGGGAAGAUGACCGAGGACACACACCCAGACGACGACAGCUACCUGGUGCGCGUGAAGGCGGUGGUGAUGACCCGGGACGACUCCAGCGGGGGCUGGCUGGCCCAGGACGGCUGCCUCAGCCGGGUGGGCGUGUGCAGGGUGCUGUCGGCAGAGCUCCUGGGACAGCGGGCCUUCUUUAUCCACGGGGAGCGCCUCAAAGACCAGCAGGUAAUCCUGGAGUGCUUCCUGAAGAAAGAGCUGGUCUACACCAAGGCCACGCCCACCUUCCACCACUGGAGGGUGGACAAUAGGAAGUGCGGCCUGACCUUCCAGAGCCCGGCCGACGCCCGCGCCUUCGACCGCGGCGUGCGGAAGGCUGUCGAGGACCUGACAGAAGCAGGCUCCACAACCUCCUCCUCCACCCUGCAGAACGAGGCCGAGCUCGGGGACGAUGACGUCUUCACGAACGCCACAGACAGCUCCUCCUCCAGCUCCUCCCUGAAGAGGGUCCCCGUGCAGCUCUUCAGCGAGCCGCGCCGCCACCACCGCUGCCUGCUAGGACACCUGUACGACCAGAGGCCCUCAGACCACUACCUCCUGGACCAGUCGACCGCCAUGUUCCCGCGCCAUGUCAGCUUCCAGAUCGACGAGGAGGAGAUUGUUCGCAUCAACCCCCGCGAGCGGGCGUGGCUGACGGGCUACGAGGACUACCGCCACGCCACCUCCGGGGGCGGGGACGACAAGCCGGCCCCGCCCACGGAGCCCGGCGACGCCUACGUGCACUUCGGCAAGAGCCCUCCGUCCAAACACGACUACACCGCCCCCCCGUCCCCCUACCCGCUGACCUGUGACCGGCGGCCCCUGGCCCCGGACCCCAAGGCUGAACCCCUCACUUCCCGGGGGCAGCGGGACGCGGUGGUGAGCGCCCAGCCCCAGGGGGCGGGGGGGCGGCACGGGCAGAAGGAGGUGGCGGGGGAGGACGGGACGGGCGGCUUGAAGCGCGCCCCACGCUGCGUCUACUGCCGCGACGUGUUCCUCCAGGAGGAGAACGGGCGGGGCCGCUGCCAAGAGGCCCCGGACCCCGUGCGGACGGGUAUCCGACGGGUCAGCUUCAUGUGGUGCGCCGACAGCCUGCUGUACCACUGCCUAUCGGACCCCGAGGGCGAGCCCUACGCCGAGGAGCCCUGCUCCUGCGACUGGGCCGGAGACGAACGCUUCUGCCUGCGCUGGAGCGCACUGGCCGGCCUGUCGCUUGUGGCGCCCUGCAUGUGCUGCUACGCCCCGCUGCGGGCCUGCUACCGCUGUGGUGUGGCCUGCCACUGCUGCGGCGGCCGGCACAAGGCCAUGUCCCAGUAGCAGGACAGAGGGCGGGGUUCAGUAGCAGGACAGAGGGCGGGGUUCAGCAGCAGGACAGAGGGCGGGGUUCAGCAGCAGGACAGAGGGCGGGGUUCAGCAGCAGGACAGAGGGCAGGGUUCAGUAGCAGGACAGAGGGCGGGGUUCAGCAGCAGGACAGAGGGCGUGGUUCAGCAGCAGGACAGAGGGCGGGGCCCAGUAGCAGGACAGAGGGCGGGGUUCAGCAGCAGGACAGAGGGCGGGGUUCAGCAGCAGGACAGAGGGCGGGGCCCAGUAGCAGGACAGAGGGCGGGGCCCAGUAGCAGGACAGAAGGCGGGGUUCAGUAGCAGGACAGAGGGCGGGGUUCAGCAGCAGGACAGAGGGCGGGGUUCAGCAGCAGGACAGAGGGUGGUCUUGUGGAGUGGGAGUGGCUACCUUGCUCGCAUUAUGUUCUUGUGUUGUGAUUGGUGUUUUGUUGUGGGCCAAAUGAUGUACUGUUUAUUAGAUUGAAACAGGGCCUACGUGAUGUGUGUUUGUUUGUGUGGGUCUGUGUUUGUGUGUCUGUAUGUGUGUGCAUGCGUGCAUCUUUGUGCAUGCAUCUUUUUACUUGUGCGUUUGUCUGUGUCCUUCUGUUUGUGAGUGUGUCUGUGUGCGUCUGUGUGUGCCUGCUUCUGUCUGUGCGUGGGUCUGUGUGUGUGUGUGUGUCAGUUUGUGUUUGCGUGCGUGUGUGUGCAUCUGUGUGCGUGCGUGCCUGGGUGUGUGUGCGCAACCCUGUGUGUAUGUGUGCGUAAGUGCUCUAUUUGUGGACAUGCAACAACUCCAUAUAAAUAUUACAUUACAAAUUGACAUAGAUAUAUGAUAUAUAGAUGUAAAUAUUGAUACAUAUAUAUACAGUAUAUCGUUUGUGAGAGUGAGCGUACAUAUACAUAGAAUUAUAUGUAUGUAUACACAAAUAUAUGUCCAUAUAUAUACAUAUGUAUAUACAUGUAUAUAAAACAGGUACUUUAUAUUUUUGGUAAAAGCUUGAAUAUGUUAUUUUUCUUCGUAUGUGCUCUAUAUGAGCUAUGUUUGAAGGACUCUGGUGUCCCCACCUACCAAAAGCACUGCUAAAUCUGGAUGAAUAGAAACAUACAUAUUAACAUGUGCUAAUAAGGGGGGGAUGGUGCCUAUUCUUUAUUUGAUUUAUUCCUUCGGGGUUCUGUUGUGUUUGCUGCCGUGUGAUUCUGGAGCUACGGUCAAGCCUACGUCGGCGAAGGCUUUUCCACCAUGGACUUCUGCUACGUCACCAGCCACGCCCAGCGGGAACGGGCUGGAGAUUAUUGUGAACAAACCCAUACUGUUGAAUAUACGAUGUUCUCUAUUCAUGCUCCAUCUGUGUCAUUAAAUUCCCUGGAGGUUGGUUUGUGUUAGGACCUCCACCUCCGAGGUUGGUUGUGUUAUGGCCUCCACCUCCGAGGUUGGUUGUGUUAUCGCCUCCACCUCCGAGGUUUGUUUGUGUUAUGACCUCCACCUCCGAGCGGUCAGCAGAAAGCAGAGCAUCAGCCUUUUGUUUUAAGACCAUGUGCGCGCGCGUCUGUGUGUGCGUGUGUGUGCGCACACACUUGUCAGAGAACAGCAUUUUGGCCAUGCUUGUAUCUGAGUUAAGCUGUAAUUGUAGAAAUAUCUUUAUAAAUAUUUGUCUACAAAAAUAUUUUCUUGAAUAUAUCCAAUAUCAUUUU